GAUACUUCACCUUCACACAGACCAGACAAAAGAUGGCAGAUUUGCUUGGUAGUUAUAGUGUACCUUUUCUUGGAAUUAGCCUCAUCAUUGCUGCUCUGACCUACAUUUCUUACAAGCUGCUGAGCAGUUACAUUCAAAAAUGGUUUGAGAUGAAGCCUAUUCCAGGUUUGGAAGGAACAUAUCCCUUUAUUGGGAAUGCACUGAUGUUCAAAACCAAUGCAGGAGAUUUCUUUGGUCAAAUUUUGGAGUUUACCACUGAGUUCAGAAAUACACUACUGUUUAAAAUCUGGGUUGGACCAGUUCCUUUUGUGGUUCUUUAUCAUGCUGAAACUGUUGAGAAAAUUCUGAGUAACCCAGUUCAUCUGGACAAGGCUUUUGCAUACAAGUUUCUUCAUCCAUGGCUUGGAACUGGCCUGCUCACCAGCACUGGAAAAAAGUGGCGGCAGCGGAGAAAGAUAUUGACACCAACCUUCCACUUCUCCAUCCUAACGGACUUCUUGGAAGUGAUGAAUGAGCAGGCGGAGAUUCUGGUGAAGAAGCUGGAGAAGCUGGCGGGGAAGGGUCCAUUCAACUGCUCCAACCACGUAACCCUCUGUGCUCUAGAUAUUAUCUGUGAAACGGCAAUGGGAAAGAAAAUUUUUGCGCAGAGUAAUUCUGAAUCAGAGUAUGUUAAGAGCGUGUACAAAAUGAGUGACAUUGUCAGCCGUAGACAGAGGACACCUUGGUUUUGGCCAGACUUUGUGUAUUACUACAUUGGUGAAGGCAAAGAACAUGACAAGACGCUUAAGAUCCUUCAUUCGUUCACACACAAAGUAAUUUGUGAAAAGUCAGAGAACAUGUCUUAUGUGGAAUCAGACAGCGACUCUGAUCAAGGAAAGAGGAAACGACGGGCUUUUCUGGACAUGCUUUUGAAAACCACAGAUGAAGAUGGCAACAAGUUGAGCCAUCAGGACAUUCAAGAGGAAGUGGACACCUUCAUGUUUGAGGGUCAUGAUACGACAGCUUCUUCUAUGAACUGGGCUCUACAUCUGCUGGGCUCACACCCUGAGGUGCAGAGAAAAGUUUAUCAAGAGCUACAGGAGGUUUUUGGUACCUCUAGCAGACCCAUCAACACAGAGGAUCUGAAGAAACUCAAAUACCUGGACUAUGUGAUCAAGGAGGCUCUGCGCCUGUUUCCCUCUGUGCCUUUCUUCGCUCGAACCCUCUGUGACGACUGGCAUAUCAGUAGUUACAAGGUUCCAAAAGGUGCCAAUGUAAUUAUAAUCACCUACGCCCUUCACCGUGACCCACGAUACUUCCCCGAUCCUGAGGAGUUCAGACCUGAACGUUUUUUGCCGGAGAAUGCGGCAGGACGUCCUCCGUAUGCGUACAUCCCUUUCUCUGCUGGACUCCGCAACUGCAUAGGUCAGCGUUUUGCUCAAAUGGAGGAAAAGGUGAUUUUGGCCUCCAUUCUGCGUAACUUCACUGUUGAGGCUUGUCAGAAACGUGAAGACAUUCGUCCAGUAGGGGAACUUAUCCUGCGAUCAGAAGAGGGUAUAACAAUCAAACUGGAAAAGAGGGUGUCUCAGACUUCAUCAAACUAGACCCUGUUGUUUUCUUAUAAAAUGUUCUACUUUGCUGCAAAAGUCUAAUAGAGAUGCUCGGGAUGUUAACGAAAUACUCUUUACAUAGUCAAGGGGAGUCAUGACCCUGCAUUUGUGACUUCAUGGUGUACUGUACAGUAUACUUGUUAAUUGAUUCAUUGAUUCAUUAAAAUAUUCAUUCAUUCA